CUCACCUCCACCCGCAGAGCUCAGUUAAAUAUGAGCGCGCUUUUCCAUGUGUCCGGAUUAAGUCCCGUGUAGCUACGCAUUCACCGCUUCCUCCAUCCCGACCAGCUGCUCUGCCUCGCCUUGGACAUGGGCUGCACAGUCCCACCUGCGUUCUAACCGGUUGGAAAGCGGAUACCGGCUGGAUCUAUGUUCCUCAGAGACGGAGGAGAGGGAAAUUAGAGGAAGUUUGAGAUCGGAAGGAGGAUGCGGGCUGCGUGCUGGUGCGCCGUCUUUCUCCUCACACCGGCCGUGUGUCUGGUUUCAAGCGUUCACGGUUCCAUCCCAAGCAAAUCAGACCUCCUUAAGUCAGGAAGCCCCAAAUCGACAUUAAAGCACAUAUGGACAGAAAGCACCAAGGACUUGUCCAUCAGCCGGCUCUUGUCACAGACUCUAAGCGGAAAGGAGAACGCGACAGCCCUGGAUCUACGCUAUGACACGCCAGAACCCUAUACAGAAUGGGACCUAUGGGACUGGCUGAGGAAUGCCACAGAGGUUCAGGAUUCCCGACCCAGGGCCAAACGGCGGCCCAUGGUCAAGACGGGAAAGUUCAAAAAGAUGUUUGGCUGGGGGGACUUCCAUUCCAACAUCAAGACCGUCAAGCUCAAUCUGCUCAUCACCGGAAAGAUUGUCGACCAUGGUAACGGUACCUUCAGUGUCUACUUUAGGCACAAUGCAACAGGCCAGGGUAACGUCUCGGUCAGCCUGGUGCCACCAACCAAGAUCGUAGAGUUUGACGUGACGGCUCAGCAGUCCGUCAUCGACGCCAAGGACUCCAAGUCCUUCAACUGCCGCAUCGAGUUCGAGAAAGUGGAAAAGGGCUCCAAGAACACACCAUGCAACUAUGACCCGGCCAAGUCGUGCUUCCAGGAGCAGACACAGAGCCAUGUCUCCUGGCUCUGCUCAAAGCCCUUCAAAGUAAUCUGCAUCUUUAUCUCCUUCUACAGCACCGACUACAAGCUGGUGCAGAAAGUUUGCCCAGACUAUAAUUACCACAGUGACACUCCAUACUUCCCUUCUGGCUGACGGAUGUUGCUAAUUUAAGGGACAACACAGGCAAAGACAGGACUCUUUCCACACUAUAUGAAAUACAGGUUUCUUUA